AUGACACCGAUACUGGAUCUUUCAUAUCAGUUGAUUAUGAAAUUGAUGAAUAUCUUCAUUUUCUCCAAAUUAUACUAUAGAGAUUUACAUUCACCGAUUCUGACGACAGCAGUGUCGAGCGUUGUAACAACAGUUCAACAAAGACUUCCUUUAUACUUCAAGCUUCAGAGAUUACAAACCCCUAAUCAUUUGGGUGGUUUCGGUUUGAUGAACCCCAACCAUCAAGUGAAAGGUCGAAGAGGUAAACAGAUAUAUCUUUUAUACACACAAGAAGAUGAUUUGAUAAUUAAAUUUAUGAGAACUAAAAUUCAAGAUAUUCUUGAUAAUAUUGCAAAGGAUUAUAAAUUGAUGCCAACAGAACCAGAUAAAUUGAUGGUUUACCCAUGGUAUUAUUUUGGGAUGGGAGUAUCCUGUCAUCCGUCCUUACAAUUUAGAUAUUUAAAAGAACGUGUAUAUGAGAAUCUUACGAAGCUGGAAAUUUCGUGGUUCGAAGCUUGGUUUCAAUUGGUCCACUACACAGGUCCUCCUGUGGAAACUCCAAUUAGAAUCAUGCUGAUAGAAGACUAUGCAAAUUUAAUUAUCCAACCUAAAACGGAAAUUAUUAAUUUAAUGUCUCCAAAUUUUGAAAAACAACCUUUAUCUGAGCAAACUUUUCAUCACACUUCAAGGAAAUUAUGUCCUCAAGCUCCGAUUAUUCCAGAAGGGUGGGGCAAACAUUUUGAUACAAUUAAAAGUCUAACCAUUUCAGAUUGGACUGAAUUUUGGAAGAAUAUGAACAAAGUCCAAAAACAGAGCGUUGGAUCUUUACAAGAUUAUCAUCUUUUUAUCCUUGGUUAUUAUUUACAUUAUCCUUUUUAUCCUAAUUAUAAAAAACUGGAGAUACACUUUUGCCAAUUGUGUAAUACGGGUACUGAUUCGAUAGUACAUCAUAUUUUUGAAUGUGGUGAGACUAUGGAAUUAUGGCUGAAACAUUUUAAUAGUCAGAGAACUCCACAAUUUAUUAUUGGAAACAAACAUCUACAUAAGAAAGAUUUACAUGCCUUAAACGAGUACAUCAAAGAAGUGGUUCAAAAGGUGAAACGACGAAGAGGUUCACCAAUUUUGAAUCAUGGGGAAAAGGAAAAUGUGGACGCUGGAACAAAUGUACUCGUUCAGACAUAA